GGUGCCUUUGAAGUGUGCUGCAAGAUCGGAGCUAUUUGACGUGCGGCUCCGGGAACGGGAAGGGCUUUUUUUUUUCCAAAAGAGGUUUUUAUUAUUUUUAUUAUUAUUAUUCUUUCAUUAAAGUCUCGCUGGGGCCGGUGCGCUCGUCUUUGCCGCCGCUCCUGCCAGGCGCCCGGGCUUGGGCGCUGCGGAGCUCGCCUCUCCUGCCUCUCCCUCCCCCUCCCCAGCCCGGCCCGACCCCACCCCCGCCCGGCCCGCUCCCCCAAAUGAGCGCUGGCUCGCCCGCUGGAUCUAACGCAAGGACAUCGCCCACCAGCAGCGGAGGGAAGAGCGCGGCCGCCGCCGUAGCAGCCGCCGCCGCCACCACCUUCUCGUCCUCUCCAGCCCAGGCUCCGGGAGCCGCGUGCCCGGCGCUCUCGCACCUGUCCCCGGAGGACCCCCUGCGCCAGGCGAACCGGCUUCCCAUCAGGGUGCUGAAGAUGCUGAGCGCCCACAGCGGACACCUCUUGCACCCGGAAUACCUGCAGCCCCUCUCCUCCACGCCCGUCAGCCCCAUCGAGGUAAGUGCCAGCCAGCUCUUUCCUGCUUGCGCUUCUCCCUCUCCGCGCACGCCGCUCCCCCGACGGCGAAUUUGGCGACGGGAGGGUCCCCCGGCACCGCCGCCGCCGCCACCUCCGGGCGCUUCUCACCUGCGUCCCUCCAGAGCUGCGCCCCGCUUCCCUCGCGUCGGUCCGCGGUCCCUUGGGGAGCCCCACCCUGAUCUCUCGCCCUGGUUUGGACUAGAAGGUCCGUCUGUUCUCUCUCUCUCUGAAUUUGUGGAGCCGGACGGGAGAAAAUCCUCGCCCGGACUUUCCUUUUAAAUAGAGUCCCAAGCAAAAAGAGUUAUUUGAGUUCUGUGAUUUUAACACAAAUUCCGACGGCGGAGGAAUCGCUUGUUCGUUCCUCGAUCUCCCGGCCCGAACUUUGCGAGGCAAGGUUCGUGGGCUUUGGCAACGAUCGUUGCGCGCGCCCGGAGCCUUUGUGGAUCAAAGGCGGGUGUGGAUCAAAUCGGGGUGGGAAGGAGCGGGGUUGGUGGGGUGGGGGGGAUAGGCAGCGGGUGUGAAUCGCCGAGGCUGCUUGUCUCUCGGUUCCUGGGAGAAUUUUUCACCCGGGUUCGGACCCUCCAUGAGCCGAGCGCCCGUCUGGAGAGUGAACCAACCCGGGCCGGAUCUGGUCGUCUGUGGGGUUUGCAGGAGGGGAAACUUCCGUCCGGUUCCGCCGGAGGGAAUUUCCGUAAGGGUGGCGCUCCUAAAAAGAAGCGGGGGGGGGGGGUAGCCUAAAAUAGUAGGGGAGUCGAGGCAGGAGUGUUUUUGCAACUAGGGCCGGGAAGAGGCCACCGUCUGCGGGAUCUCCGCGGUGAGCCCCGGGGGCCUUUCCGAGUUGUUGCGUCCUUUGGGUGGGUGUUGUACUGUAUUGGGGGUGGGGGCGCAGUUCCUCCCGACGCGUCCAGCUCUGCGUGGUCUAACCAGCCUCUCUGUCUCCCUCCUUGCCUUGCCUUCCCCAGCUGGACGCCAAGAAGAGCCCUCUGGCGCUGCUGGCGCAAACCUGCUCGCAGAUCGGCAAGCCGGACCCUCCGCCCGCCUCCAAACUCAACUCCGGCGCUUCGGCCGGGCUCUCCGGGCCGGACAAGGAGUCCGGGAGCCGCGGCGGCGCCCUCAAGCAGCUUGGCGAGGCGCCGACCGAGGACAAGUCCAGCUUCAAGCCUUAUUCCAAAGGCGGCGGAGGCGGCGAUCUGCGUAAGGAGGGCGGCGGCGGCGGCGGCGGGCAGCCGAACCAGGCCGGGCCGGGCGCGGAGAAGACGGGCUUCCGCGUGCCCAGCGCCGCCUGCCCUCCUUUCCCUCCGCACGGAGCAGCCGCCACCACCGCCUCGUCCUCUUCCACCUCCUCCUCCCCGGGCGGCUCGAGGGGCAGCUCUCCGCAGCACGCGGAUUGCAAAGGCGCCGACGACAAGAAGGAGAUGGAUAUGUCCGCCAAGGGCAGCCCCGACGGCGCGCAAGGAGCCGGCGGCGGCGGCAGCAGCCGCGCGGGCAGCGGCGCGGGCAGCGCGGAGCCCGGAGCUCAUACCGAGGCCGCUUCCGGGCGCAAGUCGGAGCCUCCGGCCCUGAGCGCGGGCCACGUGGCUCCCGUGUCCCCAUACAAGCCGGGACACUCGGUGUUUCCUUUGCCGCCCUCCAGCAUCGGCUACCACGGCUCCAUCGUCGGGGCCUAUGCUGGCUACCCGUCCCAGUUUGUGCCCAGCUUGGACCCUACCAAGCCCAGCCUGGUGAGCAGCCAGUUGCCUGGCGCCUUGGGGUUACCGGGCAAGCCCCCCAGCUCCAGCCCUCUGACGGGGGCCUCUCCCCCUUCCUUCAUGCAAGGAUUAUGCCGCGACCCCUAUUGCCUGAGCUACCACAGCGCCUCGCAUUUGGGCACUAGCAACUGCUCCAGCUGCGUGCACGACCCGGGCAGCCUGAAAAGCGGAUAUCCCUUGGUGUACCCCACGCACCCUCUGCACACCACCCUCUCCAGCGCCACACCCAGCCUGCCGGGCCACCCGCUCUACACAUACGGCUUCAUGCUCCAGAACGACGCCCUUCCCCACAUAUGCAACUGGGUGUCUGCCAGCGGACCCUGCGACAAGAGGUUUGCCACCUCGGAGGAACUGCUGGCCCACUUACGGACCCACACGACACUGCCAGGGGCAGAAAAACUCCUGGCUGGCUACCCUACCUCUGGGCUGGGGUCCGCGGCAUCUUGCCACCUGCAUCUCCCACCCACCGGCCCCGGGAGCCCCAGCUCCUUGCCAGGAUCGCUGUCUUUGAGAAGCCCGCACACUUUGGGACUAAACCGGUACCACCCUUAUGGCAAGAGCCACUUGCCCACGGCCGGGGCGUUGCCUGUGCCCUCUUUGCCCGCAGCUGGACCUUACUACUCUCCAUAUGCCCUUUAUGGCCAAAGACUAACCUCAGCCUCUGCACUUGGAUAUCAGUAACUAUAGUUUCCCGGUGUCUGCCGCCUCUCCCUCUUCUUUUCCUGCCCUCGUCCUGGGACUAUGUAUUUAUUUACUGUAUGUUAGCUUAACGCUGGGAAUUAUAAGUGCAUUAAUACACCAAUGAAUCAAUGGUAUGCAAAAAGUCUGUGUCCCCCCUCCCAAAAAAAUAAUAUUGAUUAUAACAGUACCCAACCUAAAUCUUUCUCUCUCUCUCUCUUUUUGCUUGUGUGGGGGCUCUUAAUUGUGUUUUCUUUUAUCUUUCUUUUAACCCCCUAUAAUUUUCUUUUUUAAAAAAAAUCUCUUGAUCCCCCAUAAACCAUUUGCAUGAUUCUCAACAAAAUGCAUCCCUCCCUCCUUUGUUUCCCCCCCUCUCUUUUCUUUUUUUAAAGGAAAUAGUUUUCCCCCCUUUUGUACAGUUAUCAUAAAUGUAAUUAUAUUUUUUUUGUCCUUUUGUGUAUUGUGUUCUAAGGAAAGGGGCGGCGGGAGGUCAGCUGGGAGAUGUUCUGUGGCUUUGUUCUAGCUGCAGGAUGGCAAGAGCAUCACUUGCCAUGCGGUGGUGAGAUGCACUUUGCUGAUGGGUUGUAAGCAAGGAAGGACCCCAGCCUCUGCCGCCGGCUUUGGUUCUGAGGACUACUCCAUCUUAAGUCGGGUGCCCUCUCUCUUCUCCACAAAGUCAGGUGCUCUGAGCUUUGAGAGUUGGUGGGUGCCCUGUAUGGAGGCAAGGGCUGAUGUGCCAGUUAUCCUGGUGCUUGGAUGUUGCUGAUGAUACUUGAAGCCCAGAAAGAGUGCUGAGCAAGUUGAUCCAUCACAGGGACACCUACCACAAUUUUUUUGAGGUGGCUCUUCUUUUGUUUAUUUUGGUGUUUUGUUUUUUUUUUAAAGACCUGGAUUUAAAUAAAAUUGGCAAGCACCCUCGAGGGACUGGAACUGAAGACCUUUUUCCCCCAACAUGCACCAAAUGAAGAACUCAAAAUAACUUUUGCUUAGCCUAGUUCAAGCUGGAUCCUUAUAAAGAGUCCAGCUAGCCCCAAGGGGCCAGUUGCAUCCUCAACUGCAGGCUCAAAUCUACAUACCAAAAAAAACCAUUCAAUCCUCCCUAAUCCCCCAAUUUAUCUUGACCUAUGGGAAUGGAACUGUCAUUAGGUUGUGGAGCCCCACCCCCAUCCCCCAUCCCCAGUCUUAACGCAGCGCGGAAGGCUGCGGAUCAUUUUGGGUGAUAAGAGCUCCGUCCUGGUAAGUCUUAUUUUGUUAAUAAAUGAAUACUUGGCUAUAUCU